AUGUUUAAUCAAAACUAUUCAUCUGGCUAUAGGACAUAUUGUUUUUGUCUCUUAUCUUUAGUUGUUCCAUUUAUAAAUGGAUCAUGUGCAACCUGGCAUUAUUCUACUACUCCAGAUCAAACGAUAUCUACUUACUUAGAUGAAUUCGUCUACAAUCGAUUUUGGUGGAUAAACGAUUACGUUAUUGUUGAAGAUGACUCGUAUGGACGAUUAAUCUACAUGGCUGAUAUAGAACAUGAACGAUUAGUACGUUAUUCAAUUGGUUGCCAAUCUAUGAUACAAUGGGACAUGCCAAAAAUUAAUAUUUCUGCAUUAUUUAUUAGAUAUGACUUUCUAUAUUUAUUUGAUCGAACGAAUUAUCGUGUGGAAAAGUGGUUGAUAAGAAAUUCCUCACUUGCAAGUCGUGAGAUUGUUGCAGGAAAUCAUGGUAAUGGUUCUAAUAUCAAUCAAAUUUCUUAUUGUCCUGGUGGUGGAUUGUAUGUUGAUUUAGAAGGAAAUAUCUAUGUCAGUGAUCGAGUUAACCAUCGUGUAACACGUUGGAAUAGUAAAACAGGCGUUGUUCAAUUAGUAGCUGGUGGCCAAGGAGCUGGAACGAAUUAUUCCCAAUUAAACCAUCCAGCAGGAAUCUAUGUUGAUGUUGCACGUGGUAAUAAGAGUGACGGAUCUAUUUAUAUUGCUGACAAAGACAACCAACGUAUCAUGCGUUGGAAGCCAAAUGCAUCUGUAGGAGAUCUUAUUGUUACUGAUGUUCGGAUUAAUGGGAAUAAGACAUAUUUGUUAGACUCUCCAGAUGCGAUUGUUGGUGAUCUUAGUGGAUAUAUAUACAUUAGUGCCCAUAGUACUGUGUCUAAAUAUUUGAUUGAUUCAAAUUCGAACCAAUAUUCGGAACCGAUUAUGGAUGAUAUGCCGUUUGAUGAUUUGAGGUGGUUUCCAGGUCGUCUAAGAUUCGAUAAUCAGGGUAAUAUUUAUAUUUACAAUAGACUUGCACUAGGAAACGUUUUAAAACAACAUAAUAUCAAUCAAACAAGAUGCUAAACGUCAAAUAUGAAUAUGAUUAAUCAAUCAACAGCAUUAUGUUUCGAAUCGCUAUGGAAUACUGAAACUCCUAUGAUUUAUCCACCCAAAGGUCAACUCAUCGAGAACAAUUUUCUAUUCGAUGGUGUAGCCUAUGAUGAUAGAAAUGAGACUUUCUAUAUUGCAACUCAACUCCGAGGUAUUUUAAGAUGGUCACCAACAUGUUCAUCAACUUUAUUUCGUCAGUACAGCGAUGGACUUUUUUCACCAAAGGCAAUUUUCUUACAAGGAAACAAGCUUUACUAUUAUAAUCGUGAUUAUAGUUAUGUACAAAGAUGGACGAUUGGUACUUCAUUUAAUGAUCGUCAAAAUAUAGCUGGCACAGGUAUAAAAGGAAAUAAUUUGGAUCAACUCGGUGAAUAUUGUCGUGGUAUUGUGGUAGAUCAAUCUGAAAAGUAUAUUUAUAUAAGCGAUUCACUUAACCAUCGGGUUGUCAGAUGGCUAGCAAAUGGUGCAGGAAAUCCUAUGGUUAUCGCUGGAAAUCAAAAUGGUCAAGCCGGAUCAUUAUUAUCAGAGUUAAAUUAUCCGUAUGGAUUACAUUUAGAUGAACGUAACGAUGAUCUUUAUAUUGCUGAUCAUCUAAACUACCGUAUAGUUUGUUAUUCACUUCGGGAUCCACAAAGAUUGGUACGAAUUGUUGCCGGAGGGAAUAGUGAAGGAACGAAUCUUAAUCAACUACGCAGGCCUAUGUCUAUCGUAAUAGACCAAGAGCAAACGAUGUACAUAGGUGAUUACGGUCGAAUAAUACGUUGGAUGAAAGAGGCACAGCAGGGACGAAUACUAAUCGGAGAUAAUAACUUCACUGGAUUUCUAACAACAAGCAAUUUUUCAUCAAAUUUUAUAUCGUAUCCACUAGAUAUCAAUUUCGAUAAUGAAAACAAUCUUUAUUUUGCCGAUAUGCUAACACGUCGGAUUAUGCAAAUGAAGCUAGAUAAUAGAGUGUGCACAGUAGAUAAUAUGAAUAACACGACAGUGACCACAUCUCCAACUCCUGAAGUAACAACAAGUCAGUCGGAUAUGGACAAACAACGUAUACUAGAAGCACAAAAAUUCGAGUCAUUUUGGUGGAUAUCGAAAGAUAUAUCUUUCGCCAAACCUGUAAUUCCUACAGCACUUCAUCUUCAUCAAAAUGGAUGGCUAUAUACUGCUGAUGCAAAAACCAAUGAAAUCAAGAAAUAUCUUAUUGGAGGACCACGAUAUUCAUUACAAACUGUCGCAGGUGGAAAUGGUCUUGGAGCUAAUCUUAGUCAAAUUACUGACUGUUAUGGUCUCACUGUGGAUGCAGAUGCCAAUUAUCUCUACGUUAGUGAUUUCAAUAAUCAUCGUGUUAGUCGUUGGUCAUUAAAAAAAUUAGGUGAUGUCAUUACUAUAGUUGGAAAUUCGGGUAAUGGCAAUGGAUGGAAUCAAUUAUCGUAUCCCAGAAGCAUACAUGCCGUUGGAAAUUAUCUCUUUAUUGCUGAUACGAACAAUAGCCGAAUCGUAAGAAUUAAUCUAAAUAAUAUACAGAAUAAAACUUUAGUUAGACUAUCACAAAUAAAUAUCUAUCAAUAUAAUUUAAAUCGUCCAACAUCAAUUACAAGCGAUCGAUAUGGUCAAAUUCUUUAUAUAGCAGAUCAGGGUCGUAUUUUGAAAUGGUGGUUUGAUCGAAAAUGGGUUGAAGUAUUGAUUGAUAAUAAAAUAAAUGAUCUUGGCAAUGAAAUCUAUGGAUUAAGAUUAUCUAAAGAUGAGCAAUAUUUAUAUGCAGUAGAUAAAUCGAAAAAUCGAGUAUUACAAAUCAAUACUAUGAUUACAAAAUGUGGUAAGUUAUUCUUGUUUACUUUUUUAUCUUGA